GACCUUGUUUAUUUAUCGAUAAGCCCGAUAACAGCUCAGCUGUUUCUGAUUUGUAUGGAUGGUGCCAAACAAUCAAGUUUAAUAGAACUUGGUAAUUUAAAUAAAUUGACAAUUUUUUUACCUGGAAGAUGACGCUUCAGUGUCGUACCUGCGGCACUGUUAUUUACAACACAAAGGCCAAAAAUCUGUUCAACGUUGAGAACGCCAAUCUGUUGCUGAACAUCGAGCUGGUGUCGGGCAUUCCGCUCGAAAGUGAUCCUAGACUGCCCAGUUGCAUAUGCGCCUGCUGCAUACUAGAAUUAAAUCAGGCGGUGGCAUUCAGGGAACGUUGUAUUCAAACGCAAAAGGACCUGCAGCAGCAAAAAAUCACAGCUUCCUCGAGUGAGAUCUCAGAGGAAGAGGACGAAGAUGCCUUGGAAAUAAAGGAUGAGUUGCACAGCGAUGACAAAGCAUUAAUAAUAAAAGCUGAUGAAUUAGAUGAUUCCUACGAUGAGGAGGAGGAUGAAUUCCUUGAGAUGCUCCCAGGGCCACAGUCAGAAAUUCCAGACGACGAUGUGGCAUCGGAAGAUGCAGAUACUCUAGUCUCAAGUGUCCAAAGGGAAAUGGGAACCAUUUGCGAUGGUAGCAAUGACUUUAAGGGGUUCACUAGCGAUACUGACGAAAUCUGUGACAUUGAAGAUGGCAUCGAAGACAAUGAAGACGAUUCGGAUUAUACAGAAAACUCCUCAUCGAAAACUGUACGGCCAGUUUUGGAGCGUAGACCGCGCGGACGGCCCAAGCGAGGCACAGCGAAACAGAAAUCCAGCAACGACGACAAGCCCAAGCAGAAGAAACAAUAUGUGACCUGGAAAAAUUUGACGGAGGAGGAGAUUGUUGAACGAAAGCGGCAGCAGCGACGACGCGACUGCGUCUGCGAGCAGUGCGGUCGAAAAUUCACGGAUCAGAGCAACUUUAAGUUGCACAUGCUCCGACACACAGGAAUUAAGAAUUUCGCGUGUAAGGAGUGUGGCAAGCGGUUCUACACCGAUCACUUGCUGUCCCUGCAUCAACGUAUCGUGCACCAGGGUGAGAAGCCCUACUCCUGCCGAUACUGUUUCAAAUCCUUUCACAACAGCACCACCCGCGUAAUCCACGAAAGAGUUCACACGAACGCCCGUCCUUACAGAUGCAAUCAUUGUGAAAAAACCUUUAGCUCGGCGUCAGGACGAAAAAGACACGAACUUAUACACACCGGUGUGAGAGCUUUUUCCUGCAGCAUCUGCGACCACACGUUCCAGCGCAAAACUCAUCUUAACGCGCACAUGCGAUCCAAAAUGCACAUGUUAAGAAUGGAGUCUUCCAACGAAUUGCCCACAGAGCUCGAAUAAAUAGGUUAAUCCGUAAGAUUAAUUUAAUAUUAGAUUUGGUUGAGGAAAGGGUUAGAAAUAUUUUUGUGGAAUUAGAUUUUGAAAUACUGCAGAGUGUUUGAAUAUUCCCACAGAAGAUAGUUGUUUGUAUUUUAUAAAUACACUUUUAGUCAAAUAACCAAUAAAAAAUAGUUUUUUAUGAAGUUUGAUAAAAAUCGUGGCUAAAGCAUUGCUGUUCUACAAAUUGUGCUGUUUUGUAAUUACAUUCAUAGAUGAAGGUAAUUUUAAAUGUGUGUUUCAUCAAAGUUUUCUUUGUCAGAAAUGGAUUGAAAUCAAAUGAAAGAAUUAAAUCAUUUUUAAGCAUUAAAUAAAUAAUUUAUUUUUCUGGUUAAUAACA